AUGGUUUUCAGCAGCAUAUUUCGGCCACGCCUGCCGUUUUUCCGACGACCCGAGCACCGCCAGCGCAUACUGAGCAGCUACCGUCAACUACUACGCCACGCCCAGAAAUUCACAGACCCCAUUGAGCAAACAUACCUGCGCGACGCCCAAUGGGCACUCCUAACGAUGAGGGGGGCUCUGGCGGGAUCCGCAGACCAGCAAAAGUACAUCGGGGACCUGGCGUAUGGUCGCACGGGGUGGCUCAAGGAUGUGAUGCAGCAGGUGUAUGAGUUCCAUCACCCGACGCAGUCCUGCAAGCUGAUCCGCGAUGUCCGACCUAGGUCAUCGCAGAUCCACCAGCCGCACCGCGCAUACUGGAUUCCGCUUGAUCUAAGGGCGUUCUCAGUGCCGCCACAUCUUCUGCAGAGGAUUGCCGACGAGGACAUCAAUGCGGGAAAUCCGUUCUUGUGGGAUGGCGGCCUGGUGCCGGGUGCUUUUUCCGUCGAGCCGUCGGUCUCGCGCGGCCCCUCCUAUGUCCCGGGCGGCUGUGAGUUUUACCGCGUUAAUGCGCGCAAGCCGCCACAUUGGCUAAGCGCCAAGAUCGCCUCGACUUACCAAAGGGCUGCUAGUCGCGUGCAGCGCCACGAGUUUUAUUAUUAUUUUAUCGAGGACUUGUUGCUCGAGGAGGAGUUUGAGGAGCGGCUCGGGGUGGAGGACCGGGGGUACUGGAUCUUCGCCAGGAAUUAUCGUGAUUUUUUGCGCACCAGAAUUAAGAACUUUUCGCUGCAGCCCGAGACUCCUGAUGUUAUGAACGAGGAGGUGGAGGUGCUGAUGCGCGAGUACGAGGAUGAGUAUUCUCGUUUGGUUGCGCACGCCAUGGAGCCGCAGUUUCGGGAUGAGAUGAACUAG